AUGGUGCCGCUAGCAUAUUAUGAUCAAUGCAUUGUGCCAUUAGAACAGUCUUACCAAAUGGACACAACCAACUCAUUAACACAUCAGUACACAGGUGAAAAUCUAAAUCAACCCAAUAGCCAGUCUGUGGCCAGAGUACAAUCCCACAGUAAUCACCUUGCAGCACCUCUACCAAGCUCUAACCAGAAUCUGCAGAGAUCCUCUGUCAAGUCUCAGAACACAAUUUCACAGGGCUUCUCUGACAGGCUUCUGAAAUCACCAUUAUUCCACUCCAAAUGUCAGGCUACAUCUUCACUAGACCUCCACCGGAGAACUUCGUUGCAACCGAAUUGGAGAGCCCUCAGCUCACCUUUAUUCCACCCCAAACCUCAGACAACAUCUUCACUUGGCUUCAGCAAGACAUCGUCAUCACUGGAGCCCAAUCCAAAAACCUUGAGCUCACAAUUAUCCCUCCCCAAACCUCAGAAUACACCUUCCUUAGACCUUUGCCGGAUAUCACCUUCACAGAAAUCUAAUCAAAGAGUAUCAAGUUCAUCAUUAUUCCUCUUCAAACAUCAAGAAACACCUUCCCUAGACAUCCUCUGGACAUCAUCAUCUUUGAGACCUAAUCAAAGAGCCCUUAGCUCAAUAUUACCUCAGUCUAAGCCCCAGAAAUCAUCUUCACUGGACAGACUUCGGACGUCUGUAUUAGAGCACAAUCAAAGAUCUUUGAGCUCACCAUCACUCAACACUAUACCUCAAACAAAUGACUUGCUUCAGACAUCACCUUUGUUGCAGCCCCAUCAAAUAGCUCUGAAUUUACCAUUACCUGACUCCAGACCUCAGAAACCACCUGUAUUGAGCCCUAAUCCUCGUGUUCUAAGCUUAACAUCGUCUAACUCAAAACCAAGGAAAUCACCUUUACCACAUUCUGUCCACCAGACUCAGAGUUUACCAUUGUUCCAGCCCAAAUCUCAGACGGUGCUUACACUUGAUCGUGUCUUCAGGACCUUGAGCUCCCCAGUUUGUCACACCAAGUUUCAGAACACCACUUUACCAAAUGACAAACACAGAGCUACAGAUUUAUCUUCACCCCAUCCCAAGCCAAAUGUCUCAGGUCAAUCAGUAUCAAGCUCUAAAUACUGCAUCAAGAAUGUAGCUGCUUCAACAAUGGUCUCUAGAAUGCAGUGUAAAAACAGCUUUGAUCUUUAUGCAAAGACAGAUUCAAAUAAAGAAAAUUCAUGGACUUUAAAUUAUACUUAUCCCUGCAUUGUUAAAGGUGGAACUGUCCCCGAUGAUGUUGUAAAUAAAAUUAUCAAUUCUCUCUCCAAGACCAGAAUCCAGAGGGAUCUCUGUAGGCAGAUUCUCUUUCGAAGGAUGAGGGGAAAGCCAAAUCCUCGUCCUGGUCCCCGCCUUUCAUCAAGUUAUGUGGUUUGUUUAGCUUGUUGUUCCUGCAUAAAAUCUCAGUGUAGUCAUCUUAUAGGAAAAAAAGAUCCUUGUGGUGCAACACUAUUUGUCAUACCAACACCUGAGCCUAAUUCUGAGGGGGAAAUAGAGGUGAAAUUAGUUUUUAUGCUUUUCCUACCAGAGACUUCUUUCUCAUCUUGUCUCCCAUUCCCUGUGAAAGGAAAUCAGUCCGAUGAAGCCCUUGAAGACAACCUUGAAGCAAUAGAGAAGAUAUCACAAUUUUUCCCUACAUCUGAAGCUGAUAUCACCCAGAGGCUUAAUAUGAAGAAAAAAUGGCUGACUGUAGCCCCUGAAAACAAAGUUGUAAGCGAACAGCCCCAGGCUAUUGAGUGGCUGCUUUACGUUAAGAAAAGUAGCAAUUCUCAGCGUCAGACUGGGCUCCCAUCCUCUCACUCCACAUCCUUCUCCUCAUCUGCCUCUUCAUCUUCCUCCUCCUCCUCUUCUGCUGCAACCUCCUCACCCCUUCCUUACCAAAUGUCUACCACAUCUACCCGCUCAGGUCAUGUGGUCCCUAAGUCACUUAAUUACCACCGGUUGCCUCCAGGGGUCUCCUGGCUUGAGUUUAUCUGUAGUAAAAAUCACCAGCCACUUCCUGGAAAAACACAUCGAAGUCAAUUAUCACCUCCCAAAACAAAUCCUGUGAAGACUAGAACCAUAGCGAAAGGGCCAAAGGGGCCAAAGAUACUGUUCAAAAUUUUCCACACAAAGUUUCAAAAUGAGAGAAAUCUUCAUUAA